UGUGUUGCUUUUUUUUUAUAUAAAGUAAAAGGAUUUGGCCUGAAAAGCCAAACAACUUUGAACUUUGGCUUUCUGUACGAGAAUAUAAGCCUAAAGAAACAAAGGUUGUCUUGCCUGAGAAGGAGAUCUUUCAUCGCCGGAGCCAAAGUUGUUAGUGAUAAAUUAAUCUCAAAGUCAGGGCACGGAAAACUACCGUUAUUUGGCAGCAAAACCAAAGACAUGAAGCGACGUUCAAAGCACCACCAAGAGAGAAGUAGAGCUGAAAUAUAUUGUUUGGGUUGGUGGUGCGUACAGUUCUUCUGGCCAAAAGUGGUGAUGCGCAAAUGGCUUAACAUCAGCGCCGACGACUCCGAGUUCAGCGCCGACGAAGAUGACUACAAUGAAAAUUCCAGUUCCGAUUCCGAUUCCGAGGCUGAAGGAUUCAGUCAAAGGGGAAGACAAUUUAGUUGUAGGGGCAACAAAGGGGAUGGUGCUCAGGUUGAUCAUAAUGAUACUCUUCCAUGGGUAAGAAGAAGAAGAAAUUCAGAGACUUUUAGGGCACAGUAUAUAAACACAGAGGAACUCAGAAUAUGCGUUGGGACUUGGAAUGUUGGAGGGAAACUUCCACCUGAUGACCUAGAUAUUGAUGAUUGGCUAGAUAUCGAUGAGCCAGCUGAUAUCUACGUGCUUGGCCUUCAGGAGAUUGUGCCAUUAAAUGCUGGGAAUAUCUUUGGUGCUGAAGAUGACCGCCCAGUUCCAAGGUGGGAAAACAUUAUUCGUGAAACACUGAAUCGGAUUCAGCCUAAGGCAAUCAAGAUAAAAUGCUUUAGUGAUCCCCCAUCUCCAUCAAAGUUUAAGCCAUCUGAUGAUGCCCCAGAUAUAGAAGAGGAGAUGUUGCUUGAAAGUGAUAGUGACGUAGGUGAGGAAGUUCACCCAUUGGAUGACGAACCAAAUGUUUUUGAUGAAAGUAAGGACGGACCAAUCACAGAGAAAAAUGCAUAUGUGAAUUCUGGAGUUUUAGACUGUUCUGGAAGUGCCAAAUUAGAAAUGCCAGGGGAACAAGAGUUAGAGAGGCAAGUUUCUGCCUCAAAGAGGUUGGAGAGGUUAAAUUGUUUACGGACAGAAGGUUCAGAAGAUGUGAAAGCAUCAGUUGCCCAAAGCAGUGGCAAAUUAACCAAAAUGCUUAGUGGAUCUGAAAGGAUUGGUUUGAGCUGGCCAGAACGUCCGCUAAACUUGCUAUCUCAACGUGUAUUAGAGAGACCGAAUUCCUUUAGAACAAUUAAAUCCUUUAAAGCAUCCAAGUCUUUCGGACCAUAUAGGUCUUUCAAGUUAACUGCAAAUGAAGUGCCAUCACAGGUAGCAUUGUUUGCCGAAAUUGACCUCGAAUUACUCUUGAAGAGGAAACGAAGAUCAUCAUUUGUAAGGAUAGUAAGUAAACAGAUGGUUGGGGUUUUCCUCACUAUAUGGGUUCGCAGGAGCUUGCGUAGACAUAUUCACAACUUAAAGGUGUCUACUGUAGGUGUUGGCGUUAUGGGCUACAUUGGUAACAAGUCUUUCAGAUUUCAAGACAGUUCUUCAAUCUUCCAGGGAUCAAUAUCUGUCAGCAUGUCCAUAUAUCAGACCCUUUUUUGUUUUAUAUGUACUCACCUGACGUCGGGUGAAAAGGAUGGAGAUGAAUUAAAAAGAAAUGCUGAUGUGCGGGAAAUACAUCGGAGAACUCAUUUUCAUUCACCUUCUGAUAUUGGGCUUCCCAGGAGCAUCCUUGAUCAUGAAAGAAUAAUUUGGUUGGGUGAUCUCAACUACCGCAUAAACUUGUCUUAUGAGAAAACACGAGAACUUAUCUCCAGAAUGAGGUGGUCCGAGUUGGUUGAGAGGGACCAGCUUAGAAAAGGCCGUGCAUUUGAUGGAUGGUCUGAGGGUCCUUUAAAUUUUCCACCAACAUAUAAAUAUGAGAUCAAUUCAGAGAAGUACUACGGAGAGGAUCCAAAGGCUGGGAGGCGCACACCAGCAUGGUGUGAUCGUAUUCUUUCACAUGGUAAGGGAAUGAGGCUACUGAGUUACAGGAGAAUUGAACUUAAACUUUCGGAUCACCGACCUGUGAUGGCCACAUAUAUGGCUGAGGUUGAGGUGUUUUCUCCUAGGAAACUACAGCGGGCACUCACAGUCACGGACGCAGAGAUUGAAAAUGAGGACGAUAUUGCGGAUAUGGGUACUGAUGUUGGAAUGAGCCGCUUCAGAUUGGAAGAGGACAUAUUCUGAUUGGGGGCGUUGAGGGAGGAUUUGACAACACUUUGAGUGGCUCUGGGUGGGAGCUCCUGCAACUUGUGAAAUUCUCAAUACCAUAACAACACUUCACAUGCAUUCAAUAGAUUUCAUUGAUUCUGUAUAUUUCAGUUAGGGUUUUUUAACAAUAGGUUAUAUAGAUCGUAUUAGUUGUAAGGUGGGUUUCUCCAUGUGGAUUAGUUUAUGUAUUGUGUAUUGAAAGUGUAUAUCAGUGGAAAGCUUUCUCUAGUUGUUUAGAAAGUAUAUACUGUAAAAAUAAUUUAUGCAUGUUUUCAUGAGAUGGUGCUGCCAUAUUCAGAUUUGUGUCUUAAUUACCUUCCCAUUUC